AUAAGUAGAUUAAUGAGUUUUAAUUAUUAAUUGUGUAUCUAGAACUCCUAAAAAUGUUUUAAGGACAAAAUUUAUUGAUUUUGAUCACACAACAAAUUAUUGCCAAUCAAUAAAAUGGUGCGUCUUUAUAAUGUUAAAGUUCCUGAACAAAAUAUUCAACAUGUCGAACAAAAUAUAACAGUUUAUACAAAUGAUAAAGUAAUAGGAAGUGGAACACUCUAUGUAACUAAAAAAGAAUUGAUAUGGAUAAGUAAUAGUACGCAGAAAGGGUUUUCUUUUGGAUACUAUCAAAUCGUUCUUCCCGAUAUCUCGCAAGACAAAGAACCUCGACAGCUAUAUCUCAGUAUUAUGGUCGACAUUGAAAUCAAUCUUAUUAAUCGUGUUCUAACGGAGAUAAAAUUUGGACCAACGGAUGUCAAUAAUUUGGACACUAUGUCACAAAUAGUGAGAGAAUGUCACAACUUAUUUAACAAUAGGUAUUGAAAAAGUUUGUAUGCAAACAUAAUACAUAAAUUAUUUAUAAUCAUAAAUGGAAAUUAUAAAAAAUGUCGUAUAGAGAUUUAUUUUAUUCUCAAUAUUUAUCACGUCGACGAAGCUGGGGUAAAAUGAGACUUAAUUUUUUUUAUGUCUGAACAAAAUGAGGUUCCAUUUCUUAAACAAAAAGAAAAUUAAUUUUUUUUGGAAAAUAUCUAGUUACGAUUUGUAGAAAAAAAAAGGGGGGGGGGGUAAGUUGAACAGCCCGGUCAGUGGGAGAAAUUUUAGAUUUUUCAUAAAAAAAAUUUUUUUUUCAAAUGCUUAUUUUAAUGAGAUCUGAGAAAAUCUGACUCUGCGGUAAAAUGGGCCAUGAUUUUGAAAAAAAAUUUGUUUUUACUUGAAAUUUUAAAUUGUCUGCAAUUUCGAGCUGAUUAACUUGCCGCGAAUUUUACUGAGGAUUUAAAAAAAAAAAAACAUUUUUUUUAUCUCAAAAAUAAUCUCGUGCUAUUCUAUAUAUUUAAAAAAUUUAAAAUUAUAUUAAUUAUGAUAAUGUAAGAAAAAAUUAACGAUCACAAAAGCUACGUCAUAUUUAUAUUGAUAUUUAUAAAAUCUUGAGUAAAAUGUCAAAAAAAUUUUGAAAUAAUUUACAUUUAUGUAACUCAAAUUAAUUUUUUAAUAAUAAAUUGUUAAAAUACAAAAUUAUAAUAUCUGGCAUGAAAGUAUCAACUAACUGAAUAUAUAUUUAUCGCAUACAAACAUCAGCUAAUUACCGUUAAAAGCUCGUCGUCAUAACGCUUGAAUUAUUUGCGUUUGAAUAUAUAUAUAUGUAUAUAAUUAUUAAUACUAACACAUAUUUAGCAUUAAAUGAGCGUUUAAUUGUUAUACAACGGUAUUCACCUCUUAUAUAAUUAAUUACCAUACAAAUAUUAAUUAUAUUUUGAUAUAUUAUACAUUAAUUAAUAAUCAUAAGAUACAAAAAUAAAAAAUAA